GGUAGUUAGUGAGGGAGUGAGCCCAGCACACAGCCCCCUUCUUCUUCAUUUCGUCAAAGCUCGCUCUCGUCCUCAGAAAAAACCCAAAGCUUCUGCUCUCACCGCCUCACCUAAUUCCUCACAAACCCUACUCUCUCUCCUCCAAUCUCACACUCCUCAAAGCUCGCUCCGCCGUCGAUGGGGACCCUCGGACGAGCCGUCUACACCGUCGGAUUCUGGAUCCGCGAGACCGGCCAGGCCAUCGAUCGCCUCGGCUCCCGCCUCCAGGGCAACUACUUCUUCAAGGAGCAGCUUUCGCGGCACCGGACGCUGAUGAACGUGUUUGAUAAAGCUCCGGAGGUCGAUAAGGAGGCGUUCGUGGCGCCGAGCGCGUCGAUUAUAGGACAGGUUCAGGUUGGGAGAGGCUCGUCGAUUUGGUACGGUUGCGUUUUGAGAGGUGAUGCUAAUAGUAUCAGCAUUGGCUCUGGCACCAACAUACAAGACAAUUCGCUUGUUCAUGUGGCGAAGUCGAACUUGGAUGGGAAGGUUUUGCCUACUAUAAUUGGAGAUAAUGUCACUGUAGGUCACAGUGCGGUGUUGCAUGGAUGUACUGUGGAAGAUGAGGCGUUUGUAGGCAUGGCUGCCACUUUGCUUGAUGGGGUUUAUGUUGAGAAACAUGCCAUGGUUGCUGCUGGAGCUCUUGUGAGGCAAAAUACAAGGAUCCCCUGCGGAGAGGUGUGGGGAGGUAAUCCGGCAAAGUUCCUUAGGAAGCUCACUGAAGAUGAGAUGGCCUUCAUCUCCCAGUCAGCCAUAAAUUAUGCCAACUUGGCUCAGGUUCAUGCGGCUGAAAAUGCCAAGGAACUUGAUUCGGUGGAGUUUGAGAAGGUGUUGCGGAAGAAGUUUGGACGCCGUGACGAGGAUUAUGACACAAUGUUCGAGGUUGUUCGUCAAACCUCACCGGAGGCUACUCUUCCGGAUAAUGUAGGGCCACCACCUAAGGCUGCUUAAAAGUGAUUAUAACAUACUGGCAAAAUACCUCUUGAGAUUUAGUGUAAGUGAGUGUUUUGUUUAUGUGCGGAUUUAUGGGGAAUGGUUGCUUUACAUUUCCAAUAAUUUUGGGGGCCAAUCUGAAGUGUGAAGGUCAAACAUGGAGUGCAUUUCUCAUCAUUUCCUGUUGACCAGCAACUUCAUUUUCUUUCUUCUGAGAAACAAAAUUGUUAUGAUGGGACAUAUGUUUGGAUGUUGUCAAAACUUCCUGGAAGGUCUAUUAGAUCUGUAGUUUUAGAGAUUAGUUCACUUUGAAUAUGUUUGAAUGAAAUAAAGAAAGUGAAACCAGGCAUCAGACCUGCUAGAAGUUCUGGGGCAGCUUUUACUUGGUAUAUGCCUCUACAUUGUUCUUAGUUCGGGGGCAGCCUUUUCUAGUUGAUACUGAAAAAUUAGUUGCCUUUCUCUCGAAAGGAUUCGGGUCCAACUUGAGACUAAUUCCAUUCACAUUCAUGACUUUUGUGAUGCGGGGCUAUUUUGACAUUCAUUCAUAACAUGUAACGGGCUACACAAUCCCAUAGUAUUCAUAAUUUCUUGUC